AUGAGUGGCUCUAGCCACGCCAGCCAGCUGCUCGCUGACGUGUCUCAUCAUCAAACCCGACGUACCAGAUGGUGGCAUCCUUAUACUGGUGAUCUCACACAGUCUGGAUCUUUUCAGGAACUUCAGGACGCACUUGCCUGGCUACGUAACCUACCUCAUGCUAUUAAAAUAGUGAUUGCUGGUAAUCAUGAGCUAUUACUUGAUUCAGCUUGGGAUAAUUCGCUAGGUCGAGCAGCCUUUGAGCGAGCUCAACUCUACUGGGGCGAUAUUAUCUACCUGGAAAAUGAGGAGGUAACAGUUUCCUGCCCGAAUGGUCGCCAGCUUAAGGUCUAUGGAAGCCCUUAUUCUCCCCGUCAUGGUAACUGGGCCUUCCAAUAUCCUCGAAAUCAAGAUAUAUGGGCUACCUUAGUACCAGAUGGAAUUGACGUGCUGAUUACUCAUGGUCCGCCCCAUGCUCAUCUUGACCUACUCAAAUCGGUUGUCCUCAUCUACUACAGACGCUAUGGAGAGUUCGACCAAGGCUCCAUAUAUGAGGCGUACGAGCGCACUAUCGCUGCAGAAGGGGGCCUUAAGAAUCUUCUGCUUACAACGUAG